AUGGAGCAGCUGCGAAUUUUGCAGCAGAAGAGCGCCCUGCUGGUGAAGCUGCGCUCGGAUAGCUCGCUCUCAGCUCAAGAGGAGAGCUGCAUCGCGGAGACCUUACUGGCGAUGCAGCAUAGCUUUGGAGAGGAGACGUUGCAACGGCUGAAGCUGCUUCGAAGCUACUUACCCUUGCUGGAAGACCAGGCUCUCGCGGAGCUGCUGCCGGCCCCAGCUCCCGCGGCGCCCACGGCGCCCGUUGCGCCCGCUGCCCCGGGCGCGUGCCAUGUGACCAUCGAGGGGGUGGACUUGGCGCAGUCGGCGCUGGAGGACUUCGCGAGCUCCUAUUUCAUGUUCCACGGUCUGGAGACGUCGCCGGGAAAUUUGUUGAAGUUUUUGCCCUUCCUGGGCUUCUUGGAGGGCCACCUCUACUGCCUGGAUCAGCAGAAUGAGGACUCCCUGACGGCCGCGGCGGCGGAUUUGCAGGCGCCGCUCCCGGAGGAUCCCUUCGGGCCACUACGGGAGGUCUUGAAGGAGCGGACUUGGCUCACGCCCCGUCUGGAGCAGGAGCUGGCCCAGGGGGCGCGCUUCUGGUCGCUGGAGCGGAAGAUCUGCAGAGCGUUGCGCGGGGAAGGGCGUCUGCUCCAAGCCGAGGCAGAGGAGGCCCUGAGGCUGAAAUCCUUCGACUACCGAGCCAUGAACCUCUUGCUGUACCGCAUGCGAGGCGAGGAGCCGAACGAGGCCUUCAUGGACUUCUUGGUGACGUCGGAAGUGCUGGUGGAGAUCGGGGAUGACUUGGUGGACUAUUACGAGGAUGUCGAGAGGAACUCCUUCAACAUCUACCGGUGCUUCCUGGCCCUGCACGGCGUUCAGGGCGGCGCAGAGCUGCUGCGCUUUAUCCGAGAGGCGGAGGCCGCGUACCGCCGGGCGUUAGCCUCCCUGGAGCCCUCCCUCGCGAGCGCCUGGCUGCGGCAGACGCGGCUCAGCAAACGCCACAGCUGCGGCAGCGAAACGCCCCAGGGCGCGCAGUGGGAGGUGACGAAGAAAGCGCGGCCGGAUAGCGCUGUCCAGGUCCAGCCGGAGCAGAAGACAGGUGCCGUGAGACGGUUCAAGUUCCCGCAGAUCAAGCCGCAUCCCUGGCACAAGGUCUUCCGCGCGCGGACCUCGGCCGAUGCGGUGGACUACAUCUCCAAGCUGCUGGUCUACGACCCGAAGCUGCGACCACCUGGCCUGCA